AGGGGGGAAGGUACAGGUCCCUGGAGAGUUGGGAGGUGGAGGAAGGAGAAAGGGCCCCUUCAAGAAAGCAAGCCCAGCCUUCUUGGAGUUACUGCCACAGCUGGGCUGUUUAGGGUGGGCCUGGGACUGUGGGCCUGAGAGACAAGGGGACCCUUAGCUCCUCUGGGAACCUGGUCAGCCCUGGACUGACUCUCCCCUCACCCCCACCUCUGGACACACAUUUUCCAUGCACAGCCAGCUCCUGUUCCCCAGUCCUCCCUGGACUCUGAGCACAAGUGAAGCAGUCAGAGCAAGGGCACUAUGCCAGGGAGGAGGGGACAGCAGUAUUGAAAAUAGCAGGUGAGGGGAGGGCAUUUAAAGGGCACAGGGAUGGAAAAAGGAAAGGCCUGAGGGGUACUGUCAAGAGAGAAGGAGAACCCAGGGACACCAUGAGCAGAGGAAAUGGGGAAAAAAGAGAGACCAGACAUGAGGAAGCCUUAGAAGGAACCCAGGCCCUCUCAGCUUCCUCUUGGCUCCCUCCUCACUUCUCCCCUUCCUAGGAACAGACUUGGAGAGUAAUGAAGAGAUGAGUAGAGAAAAAGAAAGACACGUUUGAAGAUGGAAAUACAUGGAAAAGUUAUGGGAAUCUAAGAUCUAGAACCUAAUAGAGCAAGAGUUAUAGAUGCUGCUAAGACUGCCAGUCUGGGUACAGAUAGCAAAGUCAAGGGCAGGCCCCAAGUUGAGUCUCUGGGGGAAGGAGGAGGUUGAGAGGGGAUGGGUGAGAAGAGGAAAUGAGGGGAGCCUCACACAGAGAAGCUCAAAGAGCAGGAAGUGACAGUGGGUGAAGGGAAGAAUCCUUGGUCACCUUCAGAUGCAAGAGUCAGGAAAACCAAGGAGGAGGGUAAGCAGGACAGAGGUAGAUGAGGAACCAGAACAAGAUGUAAAGGCAGAGACAGGCUGAGAGCUCUAAGAGGUUGACCUAGACAGGGCAAACCUCAUGUCAGACCCCAAGACAGGCAGACAUGGGCCCAGAAGAAGCAGAGGCCUGGGCUGACUUUGAGAUGGGAAACCAGGCAGAGGGAAAGAAAGGUCAGACACAGGGACAGACAGACAGACACAGGAAGCCAGGCAGAAAAGGGGCUACCCACGCCAAGGAGACCCUGCCUCCUGGUCCCCCUCACCUGUGCUGGAGUCUCUCUCCUGUGCUUGCACACUCCAGGACUCCCAGCAGAAUGCAGAGCUGGUUUGGGAAGCAGCUGAAGAAAGAUGGAGAAGAGUAUGUGAGAGCCAGGAAAGAGGAGGGGGCCCAGCAAAGGAGGAGGAGGGCAAACCAGACCAUACAGGGGGGUAGAGCCAGGAGCCAAGUUAACUCCUUCCUUCUUCCUCCUUCCAUAGGAGAAGCAGGAACCGCCUGCCCACCUUCACCCCUCCAAUCCAUACCUAUACCAAGUUUGGCGUGCUCGGUGCGCUGGGUUCCCUGAGGACAGAGCCUGCUCUUUGUCACCUGGACCUGACCCAACCUGACCUAGUGUUCUCAGCCCCUUAUCAUGUCCCCAGGGCCAUGGGAAGCAGGCAGUGACGCACUGGGUCAUGGGCUAACCCCCAGUUUGCAUACUGGCACCUUGAGUGGGAACAGGUGGCCUGCAUCCCCUGGGAAUAACAAUUUGGCAUAUGCACCUGCAGAAGAUGGGGAUGUGGGAUCAACUCAGGUCCCUUCAAGGACACUGAAUACAGGGUAAUAAUUCCCCUAGUGGGAGAUGUAUGUUCUUGAUCCCCAUAAUGGGGCCGUGAAAUGUCCUAGGGGGUUGAUGACCUUGGGGGGAAGUCACAUCUUUAAUGGAGCAUGCUCCUACCCAGAGAGGCUGACCCCUGUCUGUCCUACCCACCUCCACACCCUAGAGCUAUAUUGAGAGGUGAUAGUAGAUGGCGUGGGAGGGGGGAGCUGGGAGAUUGUUCCUGGGUGUGAGGGUGUAGGGGAAAGCCAGAGCAGGGGAGUCUGGCUUUGUUUCCUGAACACAAUGUCCACUUAGUCAUAACAGGCACGGCCUGUUGAAGACCCAAUACCUACAGCCUCUGAGAGGUGGCGACACUGGAGGAUGGGGAGGGGUGCCUUGAGGGCCUGGACACUUGAGGACAUCAUGAAGAAAGCCAUGAACGAAGGAUGGCAGUGGGACAGUAAAAACCUAUGUGUGCAAAUGUUGGUGGGCAAAUGUGUGCAUUAAUGUGCAUAAAAGCAAGAAGGGAAAUCUGCAAGCUUAAGUGGGAUUCUCUGAGAAGAGAUAACCAGAAGAGCGACAAGAUGACUGACUCCCAGAUGGCUGACUUUGGGGCAGCAGCCCAGUACCUCCGCAAGUCAGAGAAGGAGCGUCUGGAGUCCCAGACCAGGCCCUUUGACAUCCGCACUGAGUGCUUUGUGCCAGAUGACAAGGAAGAGUUUGUCAAGGCCAAGAUUGUGUCCCGGGAAGGGGGCAAGGUCACUGCUGAGACCGAGAAUGGCAAGACGGUGACUGUGAAGGAGGACCAGGUGAUGCAGCAGAACCCACCCAAGUUUGACAAGAUUGAGGACAUGGCCAUGCUGACCUUCCUGCACGAGCCGGCGGUGCUGUACAACCUCAAGGAGCGCUACGCAGCCUGGAUGAUCUAUACCUACUCGGGCCUCUUCUGUGUCACUGUCAACCCCUACAAGUGGCUGCCAGUGUACAAUGCCGAGGUGGUGGCCGCCUACCGGGGCAAGAAGAGGAGCGAGGCCCCACCUCACAUCUUCUCCAUCUCUGACAACGCCUAUCAGUACAUGCUGACAGAUCGGGAGAACCAGUCCAUCCUCAUCACUGGAGAAUCCGGAGCAGGGAAGACUGUGAACACAAAGCGUGUCAUCCAGUACUUUGCCAGUAUUGCAGCCAUAGGUGACCGUGGCAAGAAGGACAAUCCCAAUGCAAACAAGGGCACUCUGGAGGACCAGAUCAUCCAGGCCAACCCUGCUCUGGAGGCCUUUGGCAACGCCAAGACCGUCCGGAACGACAACUCCUCCCGCUUCGGGAAAUUCAUCAGAAUCCACUUUGGAGCCACUGGAAAGUUGGCUUCCGCGGACAUAGAGACCUACCUGCUGGAGAAGUCCCGGGUGAUCUUCCAGCUAAAGUCUGAGAGGAACUACCACAUCUUCUACCAGAUCCUGUCCAACAAGAAGCCAGAGCUGCUGGACAUGAUGCUGGUCACCAACAACCCCUACGACUACGCCUUCGUAUCUCAGGGAGAAGUGUCCGUGGCCUCCAUCGACGACUCUGAGGAGCUCAUGGCCACUGAUAGUGCCUUUGACGUGCUGGGCUUCACUCCAGAGGAGAAAGCCGGUGUCUACAAGCUGACAGGCGCCAUCAUGCACUAUGGAAACAUGAAGUUCAAGCAGAAGCAGCGGGAGGAGCAGGCGGAGCCUGACGGCACAGAAGAUGCUGACAAGUCCUCCUACCUUAUGGGGCUGAACUCAGCUGACCUGCUCAAGGGGCUGUGCCACCCUCGGGUGAAAGUGGGCAAUGAGUAUGUCACCAAGGGGCAGAGCGUACAGCAGGUGUACUACUCCAUCGGAGCACUGGCCAAGUCAGUGUAUGAGAAAAUGUUCAACUGGAUGGUGACACGCAUCAACGCCACCCUGGAGACCAAGCAGCCACGCCAGUACUUCAUAGGAGUCCUGGACAUCGCUGGCUUCGAGAUCUUUGAUUUCAACAGCUUUGAGCAGCUCUGCAUCAACUUCACCAACGAGAAGCUGCAGCAGUUCUUCAACCACCACAUGUUCGUGCUGGAGCAGGAGGAGUACAAGAAGGAAGGCAUCGAGUGGGAGUUCAUUGACUUUGGCAUGGACCUGCAGGCCUGCAUCGACCUCAUCGAGAAGCCCAUGGGCAUCAUGUCCAUCCUGGAAGAGGAGUGCAUGUUCCCCAAGGCUACUGACAUGACCUUCAAGGCCAAGCUCUAUGACAACCACCUGGGCAAGUCCAACAACUUCCAGAAGCCACGCAAUAUCAAGGGGAAGCAGGAAGCCCACUUCUCCCUGGUCCACUAUGCUGGCACCGUGGACUACAACAUCUUGGGCUGGCUGGAGAAGAACAAAGACCCACUCAAUGAGACAGUGGUGGGCUUAUACCAGAAGUCCUCCCUCAAGCUCAUGGCCACACUCUUCUCUUCCUAUGCUGCUGUUGAUAUUGGGGAUAGUGGUAAAGGCAAAGGAGGCAAGAAAAAGGGCUCAUCCUUCCAGACCGUGUCUGCUCUCCACCGGGAAAAUCUGAAUAAGCUGAUGACCAACCUGAGGUCCACCCAUCCUCACUUUGUGCGCUGCAUCAUCCCCAAUGAACGAAAGGCUCCAGGGGUGAUGGACAACCCCCUGGUUAUGCACCAGCUGCGCUGCAACGGCGUGCUGGAGGGCAUCCGCAUCUGCAGGAAGGGCUUCCCCAACCGCAUCCUCUAUGGGGACUUCCGGCAGAGGUAUCGCAUCCUGAACCCGGCGGCCAUCCCUGAGGGACAGUUUAUUGACAGCAGGAAAGGGGCAGAGAAACUGCUGAGCUCUCUGGACAUUGACCACAACCAGUACAAGUUUGGCCACACCAAGGUGUUCUUCAAAGCCGGGCUUCUGGGGCUGCUGGAAGAGAUGCGAGAUGAGAGGCUAAGCCGCAUCAUCACACGCAUCCAGGCCCAGUCCCGGGGCCAGCUCAUGCGCAUUGAGUUCAAGAAGAUCGUGGAGCGCAGGGAUGCCCUGCUGGUAAUCCAGUGGAACAUUCGGGCCUUCAUGGGAGUCAAGAAUUGGCCGUGGAUGAAGCUCUACUUCAAGAUCAAGCCACUGCUGAAGAGCUGGAUUGCCCGGCCCCUAACUUGUGUAAAUCUCAACCUCUCCUCAGAAUGCAGCCAGCAGCUAAACAUCCCUCAGGAAGGAUGGCUCACUUUGCAAGUUUGUGCACCUUGGAAAACAGCUGUGUUUCUUGAAAAUUAUAGUUUUUCUAUUCCACAAAAUUAUGACAGUGACUUCAGGAUAAAAGUCAUCUCUGCAUCUCUAGUUCCUAGUGUAGACCUAACACAGUAUUGGAAUUCAGUGUUUGUUGUCUUAAAGGAUGAAUUAAAUAGCGAGUUCAUGUAUGAAUGCGCAUGUCCUGCUCUGCUGACUGGAGUGUGGCGGAGUCCAUUACAAGCUGCGGGACGCGCGGUCAGCCUCCGCGGACACCCCAGCAUUGUGGACCCUUCGACUGGUACCCCGCGCUGGAGCAAGGAAGAAGAGGGGCCCUCAAACACUGGGCAGAUUUCGAGUAGAGAACAAGAUCUUUCCCUAAAGGGAGAAAACCGGCGACAGCCGUUUAGGUCAGUCGUCCAGAAGCGUGAGGACGUGGCGGCUGCAGGGAGAGACCGCCCGCCAGAGCCGACGCGCCGCACCCUGCAAGCGCCGGAAGUGAGGCACUGGGAAGGCGGGUCCGACUGGCGGCUGGGCGGGCUGGGAAUGUCUAGGUCCUCAGAUCUUCGAUGA